AUGUUGGCGACGGUGGAGAGUUUCUACCGGACUUUUUUGGACAUCUACUGUCCCGCGUUCUUUUUUGGAACUGUUGCCAUGCAAGGCAUUCUUAUCUAUUUUAUCCUCUUCCAAACUGGAGCAAAGAUGGGAGUCUUCCGUUACAUUCUUGGCCACACCUCAGUCUGUCAACUCAUUCUAUUGUUCAUCACCAUAUCCUGCCAGUUCCGUAUGAUCUCCUCCAAGGUUCCGGUUGAAGUCCGCUGCUAUGGACCUUUCCGUUUCUUCCCUGCUGUUUACACCUAUGCUAUGCAUCAGGCCUUCCAGUUCUUUUUGUUUAUGAGUGGCAUGUCAAUUAUCGUUACUCUCUAUUUCAAGCUGAUGACCUUCAACUUUACCAGAAUGACCAAGGCUGCCAUGAUCAUCACUUUCUUGCUUUUCCACAUCCCUGUUGCCUUCUCUGGUGGUCUCGAGAUCUAUCUGGUCAUUACUGUAUCUUUACCAAAGGAAAUUCAAGAAAUGUACUCUCUCAAAAACAUCGACGUAUCUCUCUAUUCUACUGCUGGUACCAUGAAAUUGCAAACUGUUAGCUUCAUGAACUUCCUCAUCAUGGUCGGAUCGGUUUUUGUGUAUCCAUUUGCUAGCUUUUGGAUAAGACACCGGAUUUUGAAGCAUCUCAACCACCAUCUGAAUAGCUUCUCUAGCCAUAACAAGGCGCAGCACCGUUCAUUUGUUACUGGACUCACUCUUCAAUCAUUCCUUCCUGUUCUCACCUACUUCCCACUCUUCGCUCUUUAUGUAUUCUGUGUCACUACCGGAGCCGAGAUCAUCUUCCAACAAUACUUCAUCUACUUGAUGCCAACUACUCCAGCACUCAUUGACCCGUUUGUCACUCUGUUCUUUGUGGUCCCAUACCGAAAGAAGAUAUUGACCUGGUGUGGACUCAACAAGCGAUCUUCCGUCGGACCCCAAUCUGUUUCUACUGUCAUGUCAUAA